AUGUCGGAAGAUUGUAAAUCUGAUUCUUCGACUUCAGAGUCAGAAGUUAGUGCCUGUAGUUCCAGUUAUAAUCCAUUGAAGGCUCUUUACUCGGACAAAGUAAAGAUACCGGUUGAAUCGGCGCCGUUGUAUGAAAACAUCGCUCAAUUUGAAGCCGCACAGAGCAAAUCAAAUGAAAUAAUUCCACUUGGACAUGCCAAAUUGGUACAGAAAAGAGAAGAAGAGAAGGAAAAGAAAAGAAUAGAGGAGGAGAGAUUGUUAGAAGAAAAGAAUAAACGCCGGUUCGCUCAGUAUCAAACAGUCAUGGUGCCACCAAAAGAGUAUAGAGCGAAGAACCUCCUCACUCGCAUAGAGGUUAUGGAAGGACCCCUUGGGGUUUUAAAGGAAUGCGUCGACAAGAGGCUUAGAGUUAAGAUAAUAACACGUAGCCACUCAGGAGUGAGAGGUGUAUUACAUGCGACCCUGGUGGCUUUUGAUAAACAUUGGAACAUGGCGCUCAGUGAUGUCCUAGAAGUUUGGCAGAAAAAGAGGGUGAAACAAAGGAAGAUUCCUCCUGUAAUGGGUAAACCAGUACCGAAAGGCACGGCGGCAACAAUCUCUACAAUCCCGACUGUGACAGAAACUCCUCUGGGGAAGGGAAUAUUCGAAUGCCAGAGACACGUGCCACAGAUGAUGAUGCGCGGUGAACACAUAGUACUAAUCAACGUGGUCGAGCGGUGA